GUGUGCCUCGUUUGCGUGAGGGGGCGGGUGGCGCGAGCGAGCCAAGUGAGCGAGGCCGGUCUCCUCCUCCUCCUCCUGCGGCUGUCUGUGGAGCUCGCGACCGGCGUGCAGUUCCUUCGGAGGCCGGGGGAGAGAGGAGAUUGGUAGCCCUUCGCCUUUCUUUCCUUCCUUCCUUCCUUCCUUCUCUCUCGGCCCCCACCAUGAGAGCCCCCGCCGCCAUCUUCCCGCAGCCCGCCGGCCGCCUCCUCCUGGUUCUGGUGUCUUGGUUCUUUAAUCCAGCAAGAAGUGAAAUAACAAGCCUUGACAGUGGAAACAUAGAUGAUAUAUUAAACAAUGCAGAUGUUGCUUUAGUGAAUUUUUAUGCUGAUUGGUGUCGAUUCAGUCAAAUGCUGCAUCCUAUUUUUGAAGAAGCUUCUAAUGUUAUUAAUGAAGACUUUCCAAAUAAGAAUCAAGUUGUAUUUGCCAGAGUAGAUUGUGAUCAGCACUCUGAUAUUGCUCAAAGGUACAGAAUAAGCAAAUAUCCAACCCUAAAAUUGUUCCGAAAUGGAAUGAUGAUGAAGAGGGAAUAUCGGGGCCAGAGAUCAGUGACAGCAAUAGCAGAUUACAUCCGACAACAGAAAAGUAAUCCCAUUCAAGAAGUGCUAAACUUGGAAGAAAUUAACUCUCUUGAUCGCAGCAAAAGAAACAUUAUUGGAUAUUUUGAACAAAAGGACUCUGAUAAUUACAGGAUAUUUGAAAGAGUAGCAAAUAUUUUGCAUGACGACUGUGUCUUCCUUGCUGCCUUUGGGUCUGUAUCUAAAGCAGAGCGAUUUAGUGGAGACAACAUAAUCUACAAGCCACCUGGGGAAAACGCUCCCGAUAUGGUUUACUUGGGUUCAAUGACAAAUUUUGACUUGGCUUAUGCAUGGACUCAAGAUAAAUGUGUUCCUCUUGUUCGUGAAAUUACAUUUGAGAAUGGAGAAGAACUGGCAGAAGAAGGCCUUCCUUUUCUUAUACUCUUUCAUAUGAAAGAUGACACUGAGAGUUUAGAAAAGUUCCAGCAGGAAGUUGCACGGCAGUUAAUAAGUGAAAAAGGUACCAUCAACUUUUUACAUGCUGAUUGUGAUAAGUUUAGACAUCCACUCCUCCACAUUCAAAAGACUCCAGCAGACUGUCCUGUUAUUGCUAUUGACAGUUUUAAACACAUGUAUGUCUUCUCAGACGUCAGUGAUUUGGCGGUUCAUGGCAAACUAAAGCAAUUUGUACUUGAUUUGCAUUCGGGGAAACUGCACAGGGAAUUUCACCAUGGUCCAGAUCCAACUGAUAUAGCACCUGGUCAGCCAUUUCAAGAUAUAGUAAGCAGCCCACCGGAGAGUUCAUUCCAGAAACUAGCACCCAGUGAACAUAGGUACACCUUAUUGCGAGAAAAAGAUGAACUCUGAAAACUUGAAACCAUCUCACAAAGCCUUUCAAACAGCAGCAGUGACUCCUGUGGGGUGGAAAUAGGAAACCUAUAUUUUCAUAUUCUGUGGUUUUUUUUUCUUUGCUCUCUGGGGUUUGUAAAUAUGUGUGGGCCAUUUUGGACAGCAUCUUUUCAAAGUUCUUAUUGCUGCAGAUUGUUCUGUAAAACUUUUCUAAUCCAAAUGAAGGUGUUGUCAUUUCUAGCAACUUGCUGUUAACUUGCACUAUCGCAUUAAACAGAACAUCUGGGUUUCCACUGGUGUCAUCUGGUAGUACGACUGCCUUAUAUUUCUCCUCCACAUGAAAAACAUUCUGUUAAUUUGUUAUUGAAGGGAUAUUCUAGAUUCUUGGAAGGGAAUAAAUUACAAUUUUACAGAA